AUGCCCACCAUGGCUGACAAAAUGGACAUGUCUCUGGAAGACAUCAUUAGGCUGAGCAAGAUCCAGCAACGACAUCACAGCAGACCUGACUCCUGGGUGAAUCAAGGCGCUGAGCCUAGGAGGUACCCGCUUGCCAUCACCCCUGGCAGCAGGAACAGGCUGGCACCAUACCGCAGACCAAAACAACUUCCAGACAAAUGGCAGCAUGACCUAUUCGAUGGCGGCUUCAGGGGUGGAAACCACAUGGAUACUGGUGGGAAGCUGCUCCUGUCAAACCUGCACUUCGGAGUGUCAGAUGCUGAUAUUCAGCAACUCUUUGCUGAAUUUGGAACCUUGAAAAAAAAAUCUGCUGUGCACUAUGAUCGCUCUGGACGAAGUUUAGGGACAGCACAUGUGCACUUUGAAAGGAAAGCAGAUGCCCUGAAGGGUAUGAGACAGUACAGUGGCAUCCCUUUGGAUGGCUGCCCUAUGAACAUCCAGCUUGUCACCUCACAGAUUCAUACAUAAUGAAGAUCUCCACAAAGCAGAAACAAGGGUGGCAUGACAAGAAACCCUGGCUCUGGAGGCUUUGGUGGUGGAGGCAACAGGAGAGGGACACUUGGAGGCAGCCAGGGAAGAGGGAGAGGCAGCAGCAGCAGCUGUCUGCAGGAGUUGGACUCCCAGCUGGUUGCUUAUCAGGAAAGGAUGGGCAUCAGCUAA